CUGCACAGAGGUUUCAUAGCACAGCGGUGGGGCUGAGAGCUGGGAGAAGUCCCCUGUACCUGUCGCCCUUGGGCAGCCCCUGCGGAGCUUGCAAAAGAGCCGGACGCCAGCUGAGAGCAGAGCAGGGAGGGUAGCGCUGCCAGUGCUGCCUCCUCGACAUCCCCGUGCCGAUCCCCCUGCCUGGCGAAGACCCAGCGGUGGAGGGCAGCAUGGCGAAGAGGGUGGCCAUCAUUGGAGGAGGGAGCAGUGGGCUGUGCGCCAUCAAAGCCUGCCUGCAAGAGGGGCUGGAGCCCGUCUGCUUCGAGAGGACCGGGGACAUCGGAGGGCUCUGGAGGUUUGAGGAGCACCCCGAGGAGGGUCGCGCCAGCAUCUACCGCUCCGUCAUCAUCAACACCUCCAAGGAGAUGAUGUGCUUCAGCGACUUCCCCAUCCCCGAGGACUUCCCCAACUACAUGCACAACUCCAAGAUCAUGGAGUAUUUCCGCAUGUACGCCCGGCGCUUCGACCUGCUCCGCCACAUCCGCUUCAGGACCAGUGUCUGCCGUGUGACCAAGCGCCCCGACUUCGCCACCACGGGCCAGUGGGAGGUGGUGACGGAGAGCGAGGGGAAGCAGGAGUCAGCUGUCUUCGACGCCGUGCUGGUGUGCACCGGGCACCACACCGAGGCACAUCUCCCGCUGAGCACCUUCCCAGGCAUCGAGAAGUUCAAGGGCCGCUACCUCCACAGCCGAGACUACAAAGAUCCCCGAGAUUUCACUGACAAGAGGGUCGUUGUCAUUGGGAUUGGGAAUUCAGGGUCAGACCUGUCUGUGGAGAUCAGUCACACAGCCAAGCAGGUCUUCCUUAGUACCCGCCGGGGUGCGUGGGUCUUCAACCGUGUUGGAGAUCAGGGCUACCCCGUCGACAUUGUCCUCACCACCCGCAUGAAGGAGUUAUUGAAGAGGGUGCUGAGCCCAUCCAUGGUGAGCAACUUCGCAGAAAAGCAGCUGAACGCGAGGUUUGACCACUCACACUACGGCCUGAAGCCAAAGCACAGGAUCCUUGACCAGCACCCGACUGUCAACGAUGAUCUGCCCAACCGCAUCAUUUCGGGCAGGGUGCUGGUGAAGCCGAAUGUCCAGGAGUUCACGGAGACGUCUGCCAUCUUUGAAGAUGGCACUAGAGAAGACAUCGACAUCGUGGUCUUCGCUACAGGAUACAGUUUCUCCUUCCCCUUCCUUGAGGGCUGUGUGAAGGUGGUGGAGAACCAGAUUCCGCUUUACAAAUUCAUGUUUCCCCCUCACCUGGAGAAGCCAACACUGGCUUUCAUUGGCCUCAUCCAGCCCCUGGGUGCCAUCAUGCCCAUCUCUGAGCUCCAGUGUCGCUGGGCCACCCGUGUCUUCAAGGGGCUAAACAAGCUGCCCCCACGGCACGACAUGGAAGCCGACAUCGAGCAGAAGAGAGAAGCAAUGGCAAAGCGGUACGUGAAGAGCCAGCGGCACACCAUCCAGGUGGAUUACAUUCCCUACAUGGACGAGCUCGCCUGCCAGGUGGGGGUCAAGCCCAACCUGCUCGCCCUCUUCCUCACCGACCCCAAGCUGGCGCUGGAGGUGGUCUUUGGGCCCUGCACGCCAUACCAGUACCGCCUACAUGGCCCGGGAGAGUGGGCAGGCGCCAGGGAGGCCAUCCUCACCCAGCGGCAGCGCAUCAUCAAGCCUCUGCAGACACGGCACGUGGAGGAGCACCCCUCAGACCCCGCCGUGCCCCUCAUCUUCAAGCUGGUCGGGGCCGUGGCCGUCCUCGCCGUCGUUUUUGCUUACUUCUAGGUGCCCUACAAACGCGGGAAGGGAGGCUUUGUGAUGUGCCAGGGGAUCUGGCUGGCCACCCCUUGCUCUGCGGCAGCCUGUGCGCCCCAGUGCUGGCAGGAGCCCUCCUCCUGCCUGUCAUGGCCCCACUGUGGACACACCGUUGAGCUCGGGAGGCACAGACCCUCCCAGCUGCCAAAAUAACACUUUGUUGCCCGCUCUGUGACUCCUGCCAGGGAGCCACCGCUGGGAACAGAGGAAGAAACCUGCUCAUGCGCAAGGUGAAAUCCAUUCCCCCUCAGCCAGUGCUUUUAACCCAGCAGGGACGCGCCAGGCUUUUCAGCCACCUAUAACCCAGCCGUGCCACCACUGGCACCCUCACACACGCGAGCUAAGCAGCACAGCAGACUUUCUAACUCCAUAAACGUGUUAACCAGA